UGUAUAAAUAGGUUUAACGGUUCCUCAUUUUUUAACUCCUACAUCUAAAGAAAUCAAAUUUAUACUUAAAAUUUAUAGUUUAACUAUGUCCAAGACGAACAACGCUGUCAUUGUCAAGGAGUUGAUGCCUCCUCACAGCGGGUACCCUGUGGUUGGAAAGAACAUUGCUUUCGCGAAGCGCCCAUACGAUGAAUCAAAAUUAAAGGUCACCGAGGAUUUCCCCCUGCUGGUCAAAGUUUUAUACCUUUCAAUCGAUCCUUACCUUCGUGGACGCUUUGAUGCCUCUUCAUAUGACUCUUAUGUGCCACCCUUCGAGCAAGGAGCUCCUGUUUGCGGAUUUGCCGUUGGAGUUGUUGUUGACUCUGCUUUGGACCAAUUUAAGAAAGGACAGAAUUUAAUCGGUCUUUUUAAUUGGGAGGAAUAUGCGUUGGUACACAAAUCAGUGCUUCAAUAUGUUUACCCUACUCCUAAAGGCGCAAAUUUGCCUUUAAUUGACUAUGUUGGUGUCCUUGGAAUGCCAAGUCAGACGGCUUACACUGGGCUGAAACUUGUUGGUCAACCCAAAGCUGGCGAAACAAUCUUCAUUUCAGCUGCAUCUGGGGCUGUUGGCCAAAUGGCCGGCCAAUUAUGCAAAGCGGCUGGACUUUAUGUUGUCGGCAGUGCCGGUACUGACGAAAAAGUCGAGUUUCUUAAAAACGAACUUCACUUUGUUGCGGCCUUUAACUACAAAAAGGAGAAGCCACUCGAAGCACUCAAAAAGUACUGCCCCAAGGGAAUUGACAUUUACUUCGAAAAUGUUGGUGGUGAAACACUGGAUGCCGUUCUAAGUGUCGCCAACCGUUUUUCGCGUAUCAUCGGGUGCGGAAUGAUCAGUCAAUACAAUGCCAAGGAACCUUAUCCUUUAAAAAACAUCAUCAACAUUGUAAAGAAAAGCAUUACGUUUCGUGGAUUCAUCGUUUCGGACUAUUUUCAUGAGUACCAAAAGGAGUACUAUGCAGACAUCCCAAAACUUGUUCAUGAGAAGAAGCUCAAGUACAGAAUUGAUGUUACCAAGGGCCUUGAAAAUGCGCCUGACGUAUUCUUAGGCAUGCUUCACGGUAAGAAUUUUGGCAAGUCAAUUGUUGAAUUAGUCUCUGAGUAAGACAUGUCAUAUGUAAGAAGAAGCACUGGCAGCAUUCCAUCUAUAUUUGACGUUUUUUAUACAUUAGCUCUGAUGAUUAUGCCUAAAUUUUACGAAUAUCAUUUUUUGGAGAAACUUUUAUUUUAUUAAUUAAAAAAAAAACGAGGUUACUAAUAUUUGCAGAGUAUUAUAGUAGUAA